AUGGAGGAGCACGAAUACGACGCCGAGGCAGAGGUGCGCCUCAUGUCGUACAACCUCGACCAAAUCCUCCUCAUUGGCGACACUGUCCUCGAGAUCCUCGGAGCGCACCACGUCGGCUUCACCAAUCUCGCAUCCGCGUCGUUGCUCGGUAACCAGUGGGUUCCCAUCCUCUGUGUGGCAUCCAACCCUACCGACGAGGAGGCGGCGCAUGAUGCCAAAGGUGGCGACUCCGGCGCCGACGACGACGGCAGCAGCGUGAUCCAAGCGUUGGUCGCCAAGAACGGCGUCAUUCAUGCUGCGCUCUCUGCUCAAGGCAUCCCUGUCGACGACCUUCGCGGCGGGUAUCCGUACCACAACCCCAACGUCCUCAGCGGUACCAAGCUCUGGUGUGUGGCCAGGGUCUCGGAACACAUCAACACCGAGCUCGAAAAGAAGCAGCCGAAAUGCAUCUUCCCCCUCGUCGGCGUCCCUGGUACCAAACCUGCAGCUGCGGGGGACACCAAGGUGUACCUUCCCUACUCGAUGGUACGAGCAGCUUGUGCCAUUCCCCACCCUCUGUGCUUACCUGCCUCCAGCGCAAGCAAGGCCAUCUUCAACGCUCUCCAGGGUACGACUGUGCACUUCGGUACCAGCGGCCCCAAGAUGACAAUGUACCUCGAAGUCCCCGACUGGAAGCAGCACGGUGUCGCGGCCCGGAUGCAGCCAACUACGACGCAGCUGUGGCAGGUUCUGGCCAAACGCGAGCCCUCCCAUCCGCGUGUCCUUAAAUAUCUUCCGGACAACGCCCCCCGUCUCCCCGACAACCUCCUCGACAUGCUCGAUUUGGACAGCUACCGCGAGGCGCGCCAGGAGAUUGGCAGUUUCGACAAGUGGGUGUACGGUGAGAGCGACUCGACCCCGUCCUCGCCCAGCCCUGGCGGAAGCAAUGACGACCUCGUGGUGGACUUUGUCGACAUGGCCGAGAAAGGCCAGCCACUCUCCCCCACUCACGAUACCACCAACAGCAGAGGGCAGAGGAAGAGGCUUCGCGCACUGGCCAGUCCAAAGUCUCCCAAGAGCAAUGGCUUCAAGAAGCACAAGGGGGGUGACAACAAUCGCAAGGCACUGGCACUGAGUCCAUAG